AUGCAGUUCCUUGUCGCCGUCGCCGCCCUCUUCGCCAGCGUCGCUGUCUCGGCACCCCUCGAAGAGCGCCAGGCCUACGUCGCUUGCUCCGGCCUCUACGGCACCGCUCAGUGCUGCGCUACUGACGUCCUCGGCGUUGCGGACCUCGACUGCGGCAACCCGCCCGAGACCGUGACCUCCGCGGACAACUUCAGCGAGGUCUGCUCUGCCAUUGGACAGCGUGCUCGUUGCUGCGUCCUGCCCAUCCUUGACCAGGGCAUCCUCUGCAACACCCCCACUGGUGUCUCUGACUAA